AUGGACGGGGAAGAGGAAAGACGAGCGGAAGAAGAGCGAAUUCGAGUGGAUAACGUGCUUCAUGGUAAUCCAUUGCUGAACCCUCUCAAGCAAGAUUUUAAGGUUAAACGUCGUUGGGACGACGACGUUGUAUUCAAGAACUGCGCGAAGGGUUUGGACGAUCGUCAGAAACGCGAACCGUCGUUUAUCAAUGACGCCCUACGUUCAGAGUUUCAUAAGAGGUUCAUGGAGAAAUACAUCAAAUGA